CCAAGCAGAAAGGCAACACAGUUGAACAUAACAAGACUACACAAAAUAUACAUAUUUGUAUGUGCAGAAUGCAUUUAAAAACAAAUUCGCCCAGCUCUUUCCAUUUGGUUUCCCUGGACAUCGAUGAGGAAAACGAUGAAAGCGACGACCUGUUCAUUGACUUCAAGCAAAAGCAUUUCGGCCCCCAACUACAGUUGCUCGAUUACAAACACUUCAAGGCGGCACGCACAAUUCAAAGUCAUUUUCGGGGCUGGCGCGUGCGUCAAUCAAUGAAGAAUAGGCAGCAUGCGGCAACUGUUCUGCAGAGAGCGUGGCGUCUCUUUAUUGGCAAGCGGUGUCUGAUCAGCACCCUCCAGGAGCACGUUCAGAAAAGCAUACUAAUCAUGUUCAACAAUGCCUCGCGGAAGAUACAGGCAUUAUUUCGGGGCUGGUGGGAACGCAAGUAUAUCAAUAAUGUGGUCUUUUUGGAAGAAAUGCGGCUUCAUUGCAUGGAGGAUCUAUUGACCGGGUAUGCGUACAAGCUGCACACCAUGAUGCGCACCCAACAUUUACCAGGAUCUAUGAGCUUUAAUGGAAAUCCAGACUUGCAAAGAAUAGAGGACCUGAUGGCAUGUAUGUCCUAUCGAUUUUACAAUCGAUUUGUGGACACCAAGUUUUUGUCUAGCAGGGCUAUCUUAGAAAUGCACCGUCGCAAGUUUGCAGAUUCCGCAUUUCUGACUUGGGUACCAUAUGCAGGCUUCAAUCGCAUUGGCGACUGCUAUGUACCGCCACCGGAAAAGCAACACAAGGAGUAUGAUCAACUUGAAAACGAUAUCGCGAAGAUUAUUUUGCCAUCGGAUCGCAUGAACGAGAAUAAAAAGAAAAAGCUAAGGGACAAAGAGGAAAGUAUACGCAGGAAGUCGCAUCCUCUUUGCGAUAAUAAAAGACGUUUUUGUAAGGAUCUUGUGUUGAGCAUGAGUUCUUGGCCUAUGUGCAACGCAUGCAAGGUAACAGUAACGGACCGCUUAUUAGGUCCAGACUUUGGUGAAUUCCUCGAUAAUGUUAAAGCUUCUUUGGAGGCCAUACACCAAGUGGCCAACUGUAAUUGCCAGCGUGAUACGAGACAUGAGGGUUACUUUCAACCAUGCGAAUGAUUUCCAAGCUCACACAGUUUACUAUUUUUUUUUUUUUUUUGCAAAAUAAACGGGCACUAUCGACUAUCGAUAAGAGUUUACAUAUAAAAAAGUUUAUGUAUAAAAAGUAUUGUCAUCUGCCUUAAGCUGAAUUAUCCAUUAGAUAGUUUAAAAAACUUGCUAA